AUGCGUGCUGCUUCUAUUCUCGGCGGCCUGGCUCUGGCCUUUGCCGUGACGUCUGCGCCAGCAACUGCCGACAGCAUGAUCAAGCGACCAGGGACCGAGCGCCACGCACUGGUCAAGCGCGCCCACCAGCUGGCCCGCGAUGAAGUCCUUUCGACUUUGCCAUCAUUUGUCCGGGAAGACUUGGCCAAGCGUGAUCCCAACGACUAUGAGGUGCACUACGAACACCUUUUGGAUAGGUAUAUGAGCGACGAAGCUCCUCUGAACGAGCUCGAGCGUCGCGCUGAGAAAUUCGACGCCGGAGGCCCCGCUCACGAUGGCGCGGCCACCUGGGUCAACGGACAUGGUCCUGGUAUCGGACAGUGCGGAGGCAAGAAAGUCGCCAUCACUUUUGACGAUGGACCCUACGAAAACCAUCUGAAGCUCGCCCAGAAGUUCAAGGAUGCGAACCAAUUCCUGACCUUCUUUGUCAACGGCAACAACUUCGGUUGCAUCUACGACAAGCCCUACCCUCAGCAAAUGCGCAAGGCUUGGGACCUGGGCGUCGCUACCUACGGCUCUCACACUUGGUCGCAUGCCAACUUGACCUCUGCGACGAGCGAUGAUCAGAUCCUCAAACAGUUGCACCUCGUCGAGGAGGCCCUUUACCGCAUCUUGGGUGUGGUGCCCCGUUACUUGCGCCCUCCCUACGGUGAGACGAACCGUCGCAUUUUGAAGUUGAUGAAAGACAACGACUACAAGGUGGUGCAGUGGAACACGAACAACGGCGACGGUGACGGUCUUCCUCCUGCGGAGUCGAUCAAAAUUUGGCAAAGCAUUGAGAAGGCAAACAAGGUGUUGAUGUUGAACCACGAGACACACGCGGAUACCGUCAACAAGGUCGUUCCCGCUGGUCUUGAACAUCUCAAACAAGCUGGCAUCCAGACUGUGCCUUUGGAGAAAUGCUUGAAGCACCACCCUGCUCCUUACAAGGUCACCGCCAAGCGCUCUAAGCGUACCGACGAGUGGACCUGCGUAGGAAAGCCUGCUCCCGGCAAAUUCGAGUGA